AUGGUAAAAGCUCCCCAGAGUGAAGAGAGGCUGGCCAGAGGAGGAAAGGGGAAUAACUCAGUUUUAGCCUGCAGAGCCCAGGCCUCUUGGAGCAUCCUUGGGGCUGAUGCAGCGGAGGUUCUGGGCAUACACGGCCACUGUGAGGAGGCUGCCAUGCCCAACAUUCCUGAGGAGGAGGAGCCCCCCGGAGAUCCACAGGCAGCCCAGAGCACAGCCAGCUACGGCCUUCCCACAGCAGGAAUAUCUUGCAGUCCACCUGCAAUCGUCCUUACUGGGGAUGCCAGCUCACCAGAAGGAGAUAUUGACAAAAACCUGGCCAACAGAGCUCACAGUCCACACAGGAGGCUUUCUCACCGACACCUGAAGGCUUCCACAGCUUCACUGACUUCUGUGGACCCUGCGGGGCACAUCAUUGAUCUGGUAAAUGACCAGCUUCCAGAUAUAAGCAUCUCAGAGGAAGACAAGAAGAAAAACCUGGCACUGCUGGAAGAAGCCAAGACAGUGAGUGAGCGAUUCCUGACACGCCGAGGGAGGAAGUCCAGGAGCAGCCCAGGAGACUCCCCGUCAGCCGUUUCCCCGAACCUCAGCCCUGGACCUUCCCCUGCAUCCUCUCGGAGCAACUCACUCACAGUCCCCAUCCCUCCAGGUUUGGAUGCAUGCAGUGGCCCACAGACCCCUCUACCCGGAGCACCACCACAGAAGGAGGAUGAGGCCGAAGUCUCUUCACCUCACCUUGGAGAGUCUAAUGUUCCCAAAGGGCUAGCUGACCAGAAGCAGAAUGACCAGAGGAAAGUGUCUCAGGGCAGGCUGGCUCCUUGCUCCCCCAUGGUUGAGAAGUCCAAAGAGACUGCAGUAGAACAAAAGGAAAACUUCGAUCCCCUCCAGCACCCCAUGACCACACCCAAGGGCUCAGCUCCUGGCACAGGCAGUGUCGGGAAAAUGGCCCUGAACAGCCCCCAGCCGGGCCCUGUGGAGAGUGAGCUGGGGAAGCAGCUCCUGAAGACAGCCAGGGACGGUGACCCUCUGCCGAGAAGUCCAGCCCUGGGCUCUGGAGGGGUGAUCCCCCUCUCCCCUCAGGGGAAGGGUUCAUCUGGGGAGCUGACAGGGCCCAAGGCUGGCUCCAAAGCUGAGCUGUGGCCCCCGGUUUCCCGGCCCCCCCUGCUGCGGGGGGUCUCCAGGGACAGUGGCCAUGAAGAACUCAGCCCCCGGCUACAGAAAGUGCUUGCCAAGCUGCCACUGGCGGAGGAAGAGAAGCGUUUUUCAGGCAAAGCCAGCAGCAAGCUGGCCAAAGUGCCUGGGCUCAAAGACUUUCAGAUACAAGUGCAGCCUGUGAGGAUGCAGAAACUAACCAAGCUCCGUGAGGAGCACAUCCUGAUGAGAAAUCAGAAUUUAGUGGGGCUCAAACUUCCAGACCUUAGUGAAGCCGCUGAGCAAGAAAAAGGGCUCCCUUCUGAACUCUCCCCUUCUAUUGAGGAGGAAGAGUCAAAGAGUGGCUUGGAUGUCAUGCCCAAUAUUUCUGACGUGCUGCUGCGCAAACUGAGGGUUCACAAGUCUCUCCCUGGCAGUGCCCCUCCACUCACUGAAAAGGAAGUUGAGAACGUGUUUGUACAACUGUCCUUGGCCUUUAGAAAUGACAGCUACACCCUGGAAUCUAGAAUUAGCCAGGCUGAAAGGGAACGGAACCUGACAGAGGAGAACACUGAGAAGGAACUGGAAAACUUCAAAGCUUCCCUUAUGUCUUCAGCUUCACUCUGGCACCACUGUGAGCACCGGGAGACCUACCAGAAGCUGCUGGAGGAUAUCACUGUCCUGCACCGCCUGGCUGCCCGCCUCUCCAGCCGAGCUGAGAUGGUGGGGGCCGUCCGCCAGGAAAAGCGCAUGUCCAAAGCAACAGAAGUGAUGAUGCAGUAUGUGGAGAACCUGAAGAGGACGUAUGAGAAGGACCAUGCAGAGCUCAUGGAGUUUAAAAAACUUGCAAAUCAGAAUUCAAGCCGCAGCUGUGGCCCCUCUGAAGAUGGGGUCCCUCGCACAGCACGGUCCAUGUCCCUCACGCUGGGAAAGAACAUGCCCCGCCGGAGGGUGAGCGUAGCUGUGGUUCCCAAGUUUAAUGCCCUGAACCUGCCUGGCCAAUCUCCCGGCUCAUCACCCAUCCCCUCCUUACCAGCCCUGUCGGAAUCAACCAAUGGGAAAGGCAACCUGCCUGUCACCUCAGCACUGCCUGCACUUUUGGAAAAUGGAAAGACAAAUGGAGACCCAGAUUGUGAAGCCUCUGCUCCCAUCCCGACCCCAAUCUGCCUGGAGGAAAUUAGCCAGGAGACCAAGGCCAGGAUAGAGGAAGAAGCUUACAGCAAGGGAUACCAGGAAGGUCUAAAGAAGACUAAAGAACUUCAAGACCUGAAAGAGGAGGAGGAAGCACAGAAGACUGAGAGUCCUGAGGAACCUAAAGAGGCAGAAGACACUGAUGAAGAGAAAAAGGACCAGAAAAGCAGCAAACUUGAAGAAUUGGUUCAUUUCUUACAAGUCAUGUAUCCCAAAUUGUGUCAGCACUGGCAAGUAAUCUGGAUGAUGGCUGCAGCGAUGCUGGUUUUGACUAUUGUGCUGGGGCUCUACAAUUCUUAUAACUCUUGUGUGGAGCAGGCUGAUGGCCCCCUUGGAAGAGCCACUUGCUCGGCAGCCCAGAGGGACUCCUGGUGGAGCUCAGGACUCCAGCAUGAGCAGCCCACAGAGCAAUAGGAAGUCUGAUGCCUAGCCAGUGUCCU